AUGUCGAGAUUGCGAAGAAUGUUCCAAGCAUCAAUGGAUGCUACUAAGAAAGCUAUAUCCGGUAGUUUUGAUGAUUUGAUGCCUCCACCUGAAAAAUACAUAUUCAACUUCAAUUCCAAGAAAGAGUUAACCAAAUGGCAUUUGUAUUCCGAUUCUGAAUUCGGGGGGUUAUCAUCUGCAUCUCUGCAGAUACCUGAAUCUGAGAAUGGGACUACUACUGGGAUUUUCUCUGGGAAUCUUUCUCUUGAGGUUACUCAGGGGGCUAAGUGGAAUAUUAGUAGAGGUGGAUUUUGUGGAAUGCGCUCCAAAAAGUUUGAUGGCUUCAUUGACUUGGAUUCAUAUGAUACUAUAGCUAUGAAACUUAAAGGUGAUGGACGAUGUUAUAUAUCUACUAUCUACACGGAGAAUUGGGUUAAUUCACCUGGACAGAUGGAGGAUAAUUCGUGGCAAUCAUUUAUUUAUGUGCCUAAAGACAACUGGUAUAUUGCAAAGAUUCCUCUAGCUCGAUACCUACCUACAUGGAGAGGGAACGUCAUCGAUGCAGAAAUUGAAAUGAAUCCAUCCCGUGUUCUUGGCAUGUCUUUUUCUGUCAAUGCUGAGGGCGGUGUCCCAGGUGCUAGAUCCGGACCAGGUGAUUUCAGACUCGAACUUGAUUGGAUAAAGGCCAUGAGAACACAAUGA